UCUCACUUGUUGCUUUUUUUUUCUCAUCAAACGGGCUUCUCCAGAGGAUGACCAGUCUGUCUCAGGGCUGGGCUAUUUUUUUUAAUCUAAGAGAAAGAGAUUUUGGCAUCAUGGAGGAGCGAAAACACUGAUUUACCGCAUUUGAACGAUGAUUUAACGACUUCCAGGACCCGCCAUGGCCAUCCGGGAGCUGAAAGUUUGUCUUUUAGGGGACACGGGGGUCGGGAAGUCCAGCAUCGUGUGCCGGUUCGUCCAGGACCACUUCGACCACAACAUCAGCCCGACCAUCGGAGCGUCGUUCUUGACCAAAACUGUCCCCUGUGGAAAUGAGCUGCACAAGUUUCUGAUCUGGGACACUGCUGGACAGGAACGGUUUCAUUCUUUAGCACCGAUGUACUACAGAGGAUCAGCUGCUGCGGUCAUCGUCUACGACAUAACAAAACUGGACUCUUUCCAGACUCUGAAGAAGUGGGUGAAGGAGCUGAAGGAGCACGGCCCAGAAGAUAUAGUUGUAGCUAUAGCAGGGAACAAGAAUGAUUUAGGAGACAUCAGGGAAGUACCAAUGAAGGAGGCAAAGGAGUUUGCUGAAUCCAUCGGAGCCAUUUUCAUUGAGACCAGCGCCAGAAACGCCGUCAACGUGGAGGAGCUCUUUCAGAAAAUCAGCAAACAGAUUCCGCCUCUGGAGAAUCCUGAAGUGGACAGCAAUGACUCCUUCAAACUGAACCGUCAGCCUGCUCCGUCCACCAGGAGGUGCUGCUAGUACCAGGAGCUGAUGGAAAGAAGAGUCCUGCCAGAAGAGUCCACAGUGUCUGCUUAAGGAGAGGCGACACAGUGGGCGGACUGAGGUCCAAAUAGAACAACCUGUUAGCACUAGCAUGCAGAUCAAAGCACAUUUAACUCCAGCAAAAUUUGGGAGGUCUUAGUUUUGUCCCUGUUGUCCUCCACAGCUCAGGCAGAUCCAAACAGCCAGGCUUGGUGUUUCUGGGAGUGAAUCAAUGUCUGUAACAAUCAUGCAGCCAUCUUGUGUGUAUGAGCAUAAUACGUCUGUUAUUUCUAUAAAGGAUGGAAAGGUUUCCUGUAACAGUGAAAUCAAACUCCUCUUCAACUGCUUCAUUCAUGUUGGAUGCUCUGCAGUAGAUCCAGACUGACAGAAAGGACACCCUGCUGGAACAUGGGACCAAUACCGGGAUGUUUACAAAGUGCUUUGUGCAGGAUGUUCUGGUGUUGUUGGGGUUUUACAGCAGUGAAUGACAGAAACAACAGGAGCUUUGCUUGUGUUUAAAAAAGGGUUACAUUAAUAACAUUAAAAAAUCCAAGUGUUUAACUCGAGGCAGGAAGCAUUUUGCUGUAAACACUAAAUCAACUUUGGAAAAAUCUUAGACUUGCAGAAAAACAAGUGAAUGUGUUCAAAGAACAAGAUGAAGGUCAUAUUUAAAUGCUGUCUGGUUUUUCUUUUUGACACUCUUCUAUUGAAAAUUGAAGAACAGCACUUUCUCUUGUGUUCAAUCUUUGAGUAAAUGAAACGUAUUGACAUUAAAAUUAUUUCAAUGUUUUUUUAAGUGAAGAAAAUCAAUUCCCAACUUCUGCAGUGCCCUAAUAUAUUGUUUUUCUAUUAAAUGUCCUUUUAUUUUGUAUCUGUUUACAUAAAAAGUAGCACAACCUUUUUGAAGUUGACCUUUAAAUCUAUAGAAGUAUGGACUCACUGAUCCAGAUUUGAUGCAGACGGUUUGUGAUUAAACUCAUCUUAAUCCUUCCAGUCAUCUCUGUAACAUGGAAUUAAGUAAUGCCUGUAAGAAAAGAAUUGUAAAACUUUAGAAAAAUUCCUUUUUUAUUUUGAGUUUGGUUGGAAUUUUUCCUGCAAGUGUUUGUUUUCAUUUCCACACAAGUGCCUUUAGUAUUCUCUAUAUUUUCAACAGUGAUACUCCACUGAAAAUGCUGAAAUGAUGUAUUAGUCAGGACUUAAAUCAUGAUAAUCCACUUGAAAGUGUAACUGUUCUGUCUUAGAACAUUUACUGUACAAUAAUCUCAGUAUUAAAGACAUUUUCAUACUAAAA